AUGGGCAAAGGCAAAGGCAAGGGCAAAGGCAAGAAGAGCGAGGACGGACGCAGAGCCGAAAGUUCUUGCAGCAGUUUCUUCAUGCAAGGCCAACAGUCGCACAGCUCGACACCUUGUAAGCCUUGCGAGGACGAUGACAUCCAGUGCGCGCUGGUUGAGUGCCACCGACCGAACUUGUGGAAAAUGAGAUGGUACGUCCGCGGCAUCCGGGCCCGAAAGUGGACCCUCCAGUUGGGCCAGACCUACGACGUGGGUCGCGCAGGUGGCUGCGUGGAUGUGGAGAUCGAUCACCCCUCGCUCUCACGCAAGCACUGCACCAUCGCAAUUACCCAAGUGGACUCGGAACUCAUCCUCGUGGCCCUGGACCAUGGCUCCACAAACGGAACCUUCAUCAACAAGUCGAGACUGGAGAAGGGCGAGGGCGUGAAGAUGAAGGUAGCGGACGUGAAGCACAUGGUCUUCGGAGAGUGUCAGAAUGGGUACAAGUUUCUUGUGAAGGACCAAGAGACGGAGAUCUAUGGACUGUCGUCCAAUGAUGCCAGUCGCCAAAAGCAAGCCGAUGAUGGCACCUUGUUGGCAACGAGAAGCAGCUCCUUAGUGGGCGAGAUCAUCCUCGCGCAGAGGAGGCGAAAAGUUCCGGAAGCCGGAUCAUUGGAAAAUCCUCCGGGCACGGAGGGAGGCCCUGAUGGUCCCAUGUGGCUUUUGCCAGAGGUGCUGGCCUUCAUGAAGGACUUGAACACCCAGAACGCCUCCUUCAACACGCUCGAUGGCAUUCAGUCCCUUAGCAAAACUUGUGAUUGCUGCGCUGGCUGCCGGCAUCAGUCGUUGGUGGGAAAAGCGCUCACAGAGAGUGCGGCGGAAUAUCCAAGAGACCUUUGUAAGGCCUACGCUGUCCUCGUGGUCAAGGCCUGGAAGCUCACGCUUGAACUGGAAUGGUGGCGACGCGCACUUGCGAACAAAAGUUCGGAGGUGGCCGCCUUGCAGGUCAAGCUGCUGGAGUCCAAGGAGAAGAAGCAACGCAUGAACGCGAGUCCCAUGUCCUUCUCCUUGAAGCGAUCCUGCUCACUGGCAGAAAGCUUUGAACACAAAGGCCCCGACAGCAAGCUGUCCAAGAAGGGCCUCCGGGAGGAGCAGAACGAGUUAGCUGUGGGAGGCGCGCGCAACCCAUGGUCGGCUGUCCGAAGGCUUUCAAAGGUGGCUGAAGUGGGCAGAGAUUGCUCCGCACUUUGGCGACGCUUUGCCAAGAAGAAUCCGGAGGUCCUCCAGGCUGAGACGAACCUGGUGGAAGCUUGGAAGGAGGAACUGACCAACCUCUUGCACGCUCGCGCCUCGGAAGCAAUCCUCAAGGAGAAGAUUGAGUUCAAGAGCCCAUUGAACGCAAAUUCGUGGGAAGCCUGGCAACGUGCUUCAUCUGACCCGGAGAUGUUUGUUUCGGCCUGGGCAAGACAUGGAGCUCCACUUGGAAUGAGUUCGGACAUCCCGACCUGUGGCAUUUUCCCUAGAGCGCGGGACGUUCUACAGGCGCCUGCCUCAGAAGAGGCUCCCACUUUGGAAUGGAGGUCUCGCUUCAAGAACCAUUCUUCGAUGGAAGCCGAUCCGGAAGGUGCUGCUAUGGAACUUGGCCGGUACCUGGACAAAGGCUUUGCCAAAAGAUUGGCGAAGGCAGAUGCCCAGCAGCGUUUUGGCAGUGGCACCGUCAGCAAGUUGGCUCUCACCACCAAGGAGAAGGGCGAUGGUUCCAUCAAACGUCGCAUCAUCAUCGACUUGCUUCGCAGUGGGGGCAAUGCUCGAGCUCGAGUGCCCGAAAGGCUUGUGCUGCCGAGAUGCACGGACAUGAUUGAGUCCAUGCGUCGCCUGUGGCGCUUAAAGGAGGUGCGCGUGGCCGAGCACGACCCCUUGGACGACCCCCCCGACGAUGACUAUGACGACGAUGAUGAGGGCAUCGAGCUGGUGGGGGCCGACCUGGCGGAUGCGUGCUGUCACUUCGGGGUUGCAAACGAGGAGCUCAAAAACUGUCUGGCUCCGGCUCUGGAGGAGGAUGAAAUACUUGUCUUCUGUGCGAUGCUGUUCGGCUUCAAAGGCGCCCCGCUGAUCAUGGGAAGACUGGCUGCGGCUUUGGCGAGGCUCUGCAGCUUUACAUGGACGACCCGCUGUCUCUACACGGCAGCCGCCGUGGGCAUCGAGCUCGCCUUUCACAAGGGCGAACGUGGCCUCCGCCUUUGCUGGGUCGGGGUACAGCUCGAGAUCGCCUGCGAUAAGUCCCUCUUGCUGCUCACAGUCCCCGAGAAAGUCGUCAACGAGCUCCCGGAGAAGCUGCGGGGCUGGCGCGGCAAGGGAAUGAUCCCCUUCAGAGAUUUGAGAUCAACGACUGGAAGGCUCUCGUGGAUAGCUGGCAUCGUCCCUCGAAUCCGUUGGGUGGUGUCGAUCCUGUACGCCGCAGUCAGCUCCGGGGAGGCAGACGAGAGGAAGGGCUUGGAGGCCAUCCGGGCUUUAGAAAGAGUCGACAAGCGUCCCAAGGUGGGACUCGUUCCUGUGAGGCGCGUGGAACUUCCUCGUGCUUGGCUUCAGGCAUUUUUGGAGCACGCUCGUGUUUGGCUCGUUCGCAGAGAGCCUUUGCUCAAGCAACGCCCCGACUUCCUCAUAGUGCCUGAUGCCAGUCCAUGGGGCAUGGGCGCCAUUUUGGCAUCCGCAGAUUCAACGCUGAAGUGGUUCGAACCCAUGGUGGCUCUCAAAGCAAUUGUGGAAGAGAACCUCGCCAAGUUCCUGGGCAUCCCUUUCGGAGAGUCUGGGUCACAAGGCCCGCUGGAAGCUCUGGCGCUGGUCUUGGCUCUGCACACGUGGCGGGACAAGCUGAGGGGUUCCUUCGUGCUGAUUCGAAGUGAUUCAGUGGUUGCUUUGGCCAUGGUUAAGAAGCUGGCGGCGGGAUCGCCUGCGCUCAACUAUCUAGGCGCCUGCCUCGCGUGGGACCUUGAGCUCGGCGGCAUCCAUGGCCUUGUUGGAAACCACGUGGCAGGCGCUCUCAACGAGGAGGCCGAUUGGUUGUCUAGACCUGCAAAGCAGCAGACUGUAUCGACCCCAGAAGUUUUGUUAAGCCUGAAGAUCAAGGACGUGAAGACCGAUUUGCAAGCUUGGUUUCCUUUUCCUAGCCCUGCGUCAGAAGCCAGCUUGUGGGGCCUGAGCACGGAAGGAGUACACUGCGUGUACAAUCACCUGUGA